CCUUGACAAACUGUGCCACGCCGCUACAUCAAGUCCAAUGGUGGUUUGUUUUGGCUGCGGCUCGUUAAUUGAGCAAGAUGUGUGCCAUAGCGUUUAUUCCUCGUAAAACCAGCACCUGCUUCCUCGUUUAUCCGGUGAUCGUGCUGAAUACGCUCGGGGGGGUAACAAAUGCUCUGGACUUACCUAAUGUUGGGCACGUUCAAGUAAUCCUCCUUUCUGUCUGUCGUCUGCUGCUACUCGCGUACUGCGCCGCCCAAUUGUUCCCUUUCGAUCCGCCGCCGCAGUCCCGUUCAAAUCACGAUCCGUUGGCAUCACUUGGUGUGGCGGUGUGGCGCAGCUGGGCUUGCAAGGUUUCAAACUAGACAAUUGACAUUAUCCCUUUCCACCCGGGUUGGGAGUUGAAGUCGCAUUUUUGGACUCACAUUUCUUGCUAUGCGGACGAUACCUUAUGCUGAAAAAAAGCCUAGGACGCUGGCAGCUGUUCCUUCAUUCGAUGACGAUGGGAUUAGGGUUGCAUGUACAUACACCUAUCCAAAAUGCGGGAGGAAUGAUGACCAAGA